AUGGUCUUCCUCCGCGGCAGUGAAUCGCGACCAGGGCUAUCUGUUGCUCUCUUGCUGCUUGCUUGGAUUGCCACUCCUGCUCAAGCUAUCUGGCCAUUCUCGCCCAAACGUUUCAGUGGCAAUGCUUUGCUAAGUGCGGGCACCCUAGGAGUUGACGGUGAAGGAGGCGUCAUAGCAUUCGGAGAUUUCAACGGCGACCAGUUCUUGGACUUGCUCGCUUUGGGACCUGAUCGACAAACGUUGUCAGUGUAUUUGUGGCACCAUGACGAAUAUACGUUCCGCAAAUCUGCUUCAUUCCGGCACCCUCAGAAAGUCAUCAAUGUUGUGCCAGGAGACUUCACACAGAACGGGAAACUGGACCUGCUGGUCAUGAGUCAAGCAAGUGCUGCUAGUCAGCUAUCCUUGCAGGUAUAUACUGCAAUCCCCGGAGGAGGGUUUGCACUCCACCCAAUCUUAGCACCACCGUCUGUGCAAGCGCAGCCCAUUCCGAUGGACAUAACUGGAGAGUUAAAAGUUGACCUUCUGGGCAUCCCGUCACCUGCACCCUCGAGCUCUCCGUUCAGGAUGUGGAAAAAUGUUUGGAACUCAUCAGACCCUGAUUCUGCUAUGUUCAACUUAACUGAACCUAAUUUCAACGGUGCUCGGUGCACGCUAUCCAAUCCGCAUAGCAAUGCAGCCAUUGAUCUGAAUGGUGACUGUUUAGCGGACCUGUUCUUGGUAUGCGAUGAGGGCAGGGGUGGAUCAAAAUAUUUUCAGAUAUGGAUGAACAACAAGGAUAGUGGUUUCGUUCUAGUGCAGAUCGGCCGUCUCCCUCAAGGGACGCAGUCAAUAUCUUUCGCCGAUAUGGACCGAGACGGGACUGUCGACAUGGUUUUCGCCACGUGUUCCUCAGUAUCGUCAAGCUCGGGUGUGGGUUCCGACUGUUACAUCAACAUCGCGUUCAAUAAGCAGCUGCCUCUAUGCUCGUCCCCGACCUCCUCUGGAGUGAAAGAUGGUCGACGGAUUUGUCGUCCUCCAGACCAGCUUUGCACAGCAGAUCUUGAGUUUAGAUUCGACCUCAACGAUUCAAGCGACAAUGAUGCAUUCGUGCGUAUACCGGUAUUCGAGGUCUUCCCUCCAGCCCGCGGGACCUCGCUCCCGCCAUCUCUGCUCGUCCUCGAUACUACUAGCCAGCCCGCCGUCCCCGUACCGCUGAGAUUGGGCGAUGUCAACCAAGAUGGCUUCCCGGAUAUCCUUACUAUCGUUGUCACAGGCUCAGGUUCGAAGCGGACACAGACGCCUCAGCUGGCACUAUCAGUGCCGUGCGCUUCAGGGGUUCCUGGAUGCAGCGCCGAGCAUGCUCGUCGAGGGUGGAGUGUUGUGAAGAAGGGCGCCGACGCUUUGCGGAAUAUCCAGGAUGCGCGGUCCGCUGCAUUCUUGGAUGUGGACGAGGAUGGCACGUUGGAUUUCAUGGUGCAGCGCACGGGCAAGCAGGGCGAAGGAAACGUACUCUUUGUGCAGAACAAUUUCUAUUACGACGCGUUCUUCCUCAAGGCUAUAGUGCUUAAUGGAGCGUGCGGUGGUGGUGUUUGCAAAUCACCGAAUGGAACCUACUACCCAUUCGGAGUGAGUUAUCCAGGAGCAACGUUCAAAUACACUGUUCUCGAUACUUCAGGGAAACGGUCGGCUGCCGCAGUCGGCCAACUACCACAAACGGCAUAUAAUGCUCUUCUGACACCCUAUUCCUACUUCGGCCUCGGCCGCACCAACAAUUAUAUCGAAAAUCUGUUUGUCGGCUCGACAAAACAUUCCGACAAACACUAUAUCAACAUCGAGGGCGUGAUUCCCAAUUCGAAGGUCGUGAUCAGCCCUCCGAUCGGAGAGGACGAUGUAUGGAAACGGGAGUUGUACCUACGACCGGGAGAAUGGAUCCCGUGGGUGACGUUGACUGUUGUUGCUGCGGCAGCCAUCCUCGCAUUGAUCGUAUUCAUCUUACAUCUGAACGAAAAGAGGGAAGAUGAGCUGGAGAGACGAAGAGCUUCGCAUCAUAUCAAUUUCGACGCAUUGUAACUG